CCAAACCCUAGCUCUCUCGCCUGCUGGUACCAACUCCAACUCCAAUCUCGGUCGCCGCCUACCAGUCUCCAAUAUCGGUCACGGGCUUCCAAAUCCCCAACUCCAGUCUUGCCUGUCUUGAUCGCGGGCAGUUAAGAUCUCUUCACCCAUCGAGCCACUGUGGAUCCAUGGCGAAAGCAACCGAUCAAUCGCAGAUGGAUGUCGACGAGAAAGUCAACCCUAGGUUCUCAAUCAACGUGUUGCAGCUCCUCAAAUCCGCUCAGAUGCAGCAUGGGUUGAGACAUCGCGACUACACUCGAUAUCGGAGAUAUUGCACGGCACGAUUAAGAAGGCUGUACAAGUCAUUGAAGUUCACACAUGGUCAUGGCAAAUUUACUCGGAAGGUCAUAACAGAGUCAACAGUUACAGAUGUAAGGUUUCUCCACAUAGUGCUUUAUAUGGCAGAGAGGGCUUGGAGCCAUGCCAUGGAGAAAAGGCAAUUGCCAGAUGGACCAAAUGCCCGCCAACGAAUUUACUUGCUUGGUAGGCUGCGGAAGGCAGUAAAAUGGGCUACACUAUUUUCUGAGCUGUGCGCUGCCAAAGGAGAUUCUAGAACAUCUUUAGAAGCAGAGGCAUAUGUAUCUUAUAUGAAAGGUACUCUAUUAUUUGAACAAGAUCAAAACUGGAAGGCUGCAUUAAUGAAUUUCAAAAAAGCCAGGGAUGUAUACGAAGAACUUGGGAAGUAUGGAAAUGUAGAAAAUCAAGUUUUAUGCCAUGCACGUGUCGAAGAGCUGGAACCAAGCAUUAGAUAUUGUUUGCACAAAGUUGGUGAAUCAAGCUUACAGACUUCUGAGCUUUUAGAUAUGGGAGAGAUGGAGGGACCAGCUUUAGAUCUUUUCAAAGCUAAACUAGAGGUUGUUAUGGCCGAGGCAAGAUCUCAACAAGCAGCGUCUAUAACAGAGUUUUCCUGGCUUGGCCAUAGAUUUCCCAUCAGCAAUGCCAAGACACGAGUUUCCAUUUUGAAAGCUCAGGAGCUAGAGAAAGAUCUACAACUGUUCAUCACAGAAAAUCAGUUCCUGCUGAGAAGAAAACUUGCCAUAUUUGAGAAAAUAUUUUCUGCAUAUCAGGAUGCAAGAAGCUGCAUUCGCAAUGAUUUGGCUGCUGCAAGCAAUGACGAGAAUGUGAAAGAUGAAUUGAAUGGCCUCGAUAAGGCAGUCAGUGCUGUAUUGGGACAGCGAACAAUAGAGCGUGAUCAAUUGCGUGUGAUAGUUGCUAAAAGUAAGUUCUCAAAGCAGCGGGAUGAUAAGGGUGAGAAGAUCAUGAAGCCUGAAGAACUUGUUCAUUUAUAUGAUCUCCUUAUACAGAAUUCAACGGAUUUAUCUGAUUUAGUUAGUUCUGGAAGGGAUAGGAAUCCAGAAGAAGUUAGCUUCGCAGAAGAAUGUUUACUUAAAUGUUUAGUGUUUCGAGCAGAGAGGUGCUUCUAUUUGGCAAAAUCAUACAGUACAGCUGGUAAAAGAACCGAAGCAUAUGCGUUAUUUUGCCAUGCUCGUUCUCUUGCAGACACUGCUAUGCAGAAACUUCAUAGGACAAAAAAUCCAGACAAGGCAAUGAUUGAUGAUCUCCAGGUGUUAUCAGACAACUGCAGGGCAAGUAGGAAGCUAUCUAAAGGAGUCUCAACCAUCUCAUUAACAGGACAACAAAAGAAGGAAGAGAAAUUCCUCAUGGAAAUGCUUGAUGUCUAUGAAUCAGCGGUUGCGGCUCCUGGCUCAAAGGGUGCUCGUAUUGAACGGUUUCCUCCACCAUUCCAAGCUGUUCCCUGCAAUCCAAUUGUACUAGAUAUCGCCUACAGCUCCAUUGAGUUCCCAUCCCUUGAGAACAGGAUUAAGAAGGACAAGAAGGGCAUUUUCAGCAGGUUAUGGGGUUGAGUUUAGAUUUUAUCCCGAGAUUUUCUAAUCGGUGACUUUCACUUUGCCCUCAUGAAAAUUGUUGUUCAGCAGAGUGAUUUGACAUCAGCAAAAUUGAAUUUGGUUCUAAAUCUUUGUUAUUUGACUGCAAGGAUCAGAGUUCUUGAGGAAAUGGUGUUUGUGUAUAUCUUGAGAUGCUGAAAUGUUAAUUGUAUUUUUUUACUUGAAAUAGAUAGCGCAAUCGCGCUUUUACUUCCUA